CGGAAGUGUAGUUUUUAGAUGCGGAAUCGCCUGACGGUUGUGGCGGUAAGUGUGUUCCAGUGGCGAUGGAUCAUGGUGGUUGAGGCUCCCUUCAUCCAGAAGUGACACCGGGUUGACAAAGACUCUCGGACGGGUCCUUCUCUGAUUUCACAGCGUUUGGACGGAGCGGGCCGUUACGGUGCAGCCGCUUAGCUGCUAGUCGGCUGGACUGUUGUUAGCUUUGUAGCUGCGGAGUUCAGCCCUGCUGGUCGGGUGCUCUUAUCUGCUUGGCCAUUUGGAGACCCAGUAGGCGAGCUUCAUUCUGCAGCUGGAAGAGGCACGAUCAGAGGUCAUGGUUCUCCACUAUGAUCCCAGUCCGCAAACGCCUCAAACUAAGCCCAACCAAACAGGCAUGCAGCAGCUCCAGUAGCUCGACUGUUGGAUCACAGCAGCUCAGCUCAAGUGAUGCUGUGCUGCCGCAGCCACCGGCGCCGCUUCAGGCUUUCCCAGGAGCUGGAGCACAGGUGGAGAUGGAGGAGGAAGGUUACCUGCUGGUGGAGGAAGACACCACGGAUUCCAGCCUCAUCAUCACUAUGGAGGACAACCACAAAGAAGGGAAGGCUCAGAGGAAGAAGGCAGUGAAGAAGAGAAAACGAACACUGAAUGAGAAGGAAGGUAGCGAGAAGGGCAGGACUUCCGGGACUGAGGAGGAGGAAGAGGGAGUGGAGUUGGAGAUCGACAGAGAGCUGGACCAGGCUCUGGAGACGAAAUCCAAACAGCAUAACCUCACCACUGUGAAUGUUAAAAACAUCAUCCAUGAAGUGAUCACCAAUGAGCAUGUGGUGGCCAUGAUGAAAGCAGCCAUCAACGAGACCGAAGCUGUUCCUCCGUUUGAGCCCAAAAUGACUCGAUCCAAGUUCAAAGAAGUGGUGGAGAAGGGUGUGGUCAUUCCCACCUGGAACAUCUCGCCCAUCAAGAAAAGCAGCGAUGCUAAAAAGGCUCCUCAGUUUGUGGACAUCCCACUGGAUGAGGAAGACUCUUCUGAUGAAGAAUAUCGUCCAGAUGAAGAAGAGGAAGAUGAGACUGCUGAAGAUACAUUCCAGGAGAGCGACAUGGAGAGCACGGCUUCUUCUCCCAGAGGGACUCGGCUGAAUCGAGUCGAGGAGGACAGCUGCAGCCCCUGGCAGUCUUCUCGAGUUCGAUCCAGGCGUUUGAAGGAGGGCUUGAUGGGACCCCCUCCUCCACCCAAAGCUCCGCCCUCCAAAGGUGUACCCGACAGCACCUUCUUGGAGAAGCUUCACGCUGUUGAAGAGGAGCUAGCUGGCUGUUUGGAGCCCUAUCAGCCUAUCGCGGAGGAGGAGUCUGGGUUGAUGGCGUGCCGGACCCGGUCCAAGCGUCCGCUUCGUGAUGUCCCCUUAGGCCAGCUGGAGGCUGAGCUCAAAGCUCCUGACAUAACUCCAGACAUGUACGACUCCAGCUGUGCGCCGGAGGACAGGGAGUGGACGGACUGGUUGAGAGGCCUGAUGAGCUCCGACGUUGACAAUGAAGAGGAGUGUGACGAUGAAGAUGAUCCAGAGUACAACUUCCUGGCUGACAUCGAUGAACCCGACCUGGAGGAUUACCGAGAUGACAAGGCAGUCCGGAUCACCAAGAAGGAAGUGAACGAGCUGAUGGAGGAGCUGUUUGAAACGCUGAAAGAGGACCUGGCAGGACAGGAAGUAGAUGAUGAAGCGCAAGACGAAGACGAGGAGCUGCAGGAGGAAACAUCCACUUUUAAGCCACACAUACCUGGGCAACAGAACAUAGGAGCAGCUGACCAUGAGGCUGAGGACCAACCAAUCACAGGCCUGAAAACCGUGAGGCAGCAGCUGAGUUGGAUUAGAAAGCGACGGCAGACAAACCCUCUGUUUAGCACUGUGAGUCCAGAACCGUUCACCCUGAAGCUGAACCCCCAGCAGAAGCACAGACUGCAGCAGCAGCUUCAGCAGCACAUCCAGCUGCUGACUCAGAUUAACCUGCUGACUUCACCUGUCCCCAAACUGCAUAGUGAGGCGGAGACCACCCGCCAGUUCCUGUUUGAGUUAGACAUGUUGGCUCAGAGGGGGGAACUCAUCAGGUCUGCAGAUUCUGGUUUCUGCAGCGCCUUCAGAGCCUCCAACCUGCAGGGGGCGCUGGAGCUCCUAGAGGAGCUACGACAGGCACCCAUCAACUACCGGCCGCAGAACCGCAAGCCUGAUGGCAGAGGACAAAUGCGCUGUUACCCUGUCAUGCCAGCUGAGCUCGCCUGGUUGUUCGCAACCCGACCCGUCUUCCUGUACCCUGAACUGCUGCCUUGUGCCAACCUCGACCCGGCUAUGUACUGCCCCCGCAGGACGGCGGCCUUCACUGCAGCAGAGGACUGCCUGCUGGUCCUCGGCCUCAGGAACAUGGAGGGAGCGUGUGACCCACCGAAGCUCGUGUCUCAGUUUCUGCUCAGGAAAACUGUGGUUCAAGUCCGCCGGAGGAUCCUGCAGUGCUGCAGACCUGGAACGCCUGACAACAUUGUAAAGGCCUUCAGGUAUCAACAGGUGGUGAGAUCCAUGCCGGUAGCCUGCAGGAACGUCGACCCAGCAGAGCAGCGCCCUCCUGUGGCGAGAGAGCAGAACAACAUGCCACUGUGGCUCGUGAGGAGCCUUCCUGUCAUCUCUCCCCUCAUCAAACACUUCAACAGCCCAGCCAGCUCCUCCCCAGAGCUCCCGGCCUCUUGCAGGAGGAACAAGGCCCGUCAGAGCCACCUGGCCUUCCUUCGAUCCUCUUCCUCCAGCUACAGCUUCCCCUCCGGGACCAAAUACCCGCCGCGCCUUCCACAGAACCUGGACUUCAAACGGAUCGGUUUCGUCCUCCUCCAGCAGCCCCUCCCCUCUACUAACGAGAAAACUGCUGACCUCAUAAUCACCUCCACCAUCUCUAUGCCAGCUACAGAACAGAUUAAAUAUCACUGUCGGACACUAGCAGGCCUGAGGAGGAGGAAGAGUGGGAGGCUGUCUGCUUGCCCUCCAAGUGCAGAGACACCAAACCUUAAAGAAGGAUCGAUAGAGAGGAGAGAACAAGGACUCUCUAAGUCUACUGAAGGUCCGACUUCCUGUUUGGAAAUCACUGAUGAUGAGGCCACCACAGAAGAAGAGAUGGAAGAAGAGAGUGAUGUGCUUCUGGUUUUGUCUGAAUCUUCGACCAGCGAUUCUGGAAGCAUCUCUGAUUGCGAAGAUCAGCCAGAUCCGGUAGAGGCGGAGUCAGAACCUGACAGAAACGUGGUAGCGGUCCCGUCCAAAGCUGCCGCGGUUGGUGCUGGUGCUGCUGCUGAUGGUGAUGAGGAAGAUAUUGAAGCACCAAUUACUCAGGAGAAGGUUUCAUCAGAGGAGACUGAUGAUGAUGAUGAAGACGAUGUUCAGAGGGAGUCUGAGGAUGUGGUGUUUGCUCAGGAUUAUCUACACAGAGUAUGUGAAGUUGUCCAGAUGCAUCCGGGCCUUUCUGAGCAGCUGCUGCAGGUGUUGGAUGAAUUUUCAGCUGCGGGGCCUUCAGGCUCCCCAGAGCUCCUGUAUAACAGACUGGGUCGCCUGCUGCAGCCAUGGCCUCAGCUGCUCAAAGACUUUGCUGCCUUCCUGAACCCCAGUCAAGCAGGCAGAUGUGGGCUGCUGUUGGAGCAGCAGCUGUUUGAGCGCAGCCGGCGGUUCCUGAGGCGGAUGGGUCGGAGCCUGGGAGAGGGCUCUGUACUCUACCAGCAGGUGGUGUCUGUGCUUCAGGGAAGCUCCGCCCCCUCAUCAGAGGAUGUGGACAAGGUUUCAUCUUUGCUCAUGAAGCAUCCAGACCUGCAGGGUGAGGUCCAGGAGAUCUUCCAGCAGCUCCACAGCUGCUCCAAAACCACUGACACGUACUCAGCUGCUCAGACUCCCAAUAACCAAAGCGGCGAGUCGAUCAUCGCUCCGGGUGGAAGUUAUGCAGAGGAAGAAAGGAAGAAACAAGCUGUUUGUGCCAAAAACAUCACAGUGACUUCCAACGGGGAGAAGGUCGUCGUUUGGACUCGUGAGGCCGACCGUGCCAUCCUGACCGCCUGCCAGCAAAGAGGAGCCAACAUGAAGACCUUCAGACAAGUCUCCUCCCAGUUAGGAAAUAAAACUGUUGAACAGGUACGACUCCGCUUUGAGGACCUGAUGAAGCUUUUUCUAUCUGCGUCGCAAAGGUCUGCUUCUUCGGAAGGACAGCCAGGGAACAGACCAGAAACUGCUCCUGACUGACCCAGCAACGCAUGGAGAAGGCUGCUACUCAACACAAAGUGGACAUCUGAAGAUGUUUCUUCUGAGGCGAGGUCACAUCGGUGACCUUUGUUGAAGCCCACCAGAAGCGGCUCAGGAUCUGCAUCAAACAGUUUUAGCUUGCCGGUUUAGUUCUGAUACUUUAUUAAAAUGUUGAAAGAUCCAGCUCCAUUGUUAAGAGCAAAGUUUCAGAAUCCACCUGUAUGAGACGGGAGCUUGGAGGUCUCAGUUUGGUCUUAGGUUCCCUGUUAAUCUUUCUCGUUUUGGACAUGAUUUGAGCCCAGUUCUGGGAAACAAGUUCUGAAUUGGGAAAUUUUCAGGGAAACUUUUCCCUCCAUGCUUUCAUCCCCAAUGUGCUGGUCCGAGUAAACAACUAAUGAAGGAUUCAGAGUUUAUCUGUAAAUCUACCGCAGGUCCAAAGUGUUUAGACUAUAUUUGUACCUCAUUACAAUAUUGAUGCUGAUACAGACUUAAACUGAUCUCACAGCAUUGAAUAUUAUAAAAAGUAUUUUUAAAA